CGGCUGUCAGGAGUCGAAGCUGCCAACGAAGAUGUCCUCGUCCCCGAGAAGUCCUGGAUCUGCGGACGGAUACCAGCGUUUCGAUGACGAGCCAAACGUCACUUUACGUUUAGAGGGAUCCUACGGAGCGAGUCCAAUGCACUCAACCAUGGAGGAAGGCUUUUGCUGCUAACGCAUGCUUGUCUCAUUUCUGCUGCGUGCUUUCAAUUUUUUUCUAGAAUAUGGGUCUAUGUUGUCUUGCGCUUCUUCAGACGGCAGAAUCAGGAUGACGCCAAGGGACAAUACGGAUACCCCGAAUGAAAUCGGUCACAGAAUAGGCGCAUCAGAUGGUGAAACUUUGUCGGAAAAUGCGGCGUUGGCGAGAUACGCGAUUGGUAUAGAUGCAGACGUACACUGGGAAAUGAAUUAUCAUGAAGCAGCUAUAUUUCUCGAGGAAGGUCGAAAUAAUGAGAAGUUUGACUCUCAUCCCAGACAUCCAGAGGAUUUACCAGCCUACCUUCUGGUACAUAACAGCUGGUAUUAUGGCCUUGACCUAUUGACAUCCCUCAUUCUUUUAGCCUUGGCAUUUGUGGAGGAGCCAGCAGUGCCUCUUUUCAAGCUACCGGUCUGGGCGCAUGGAUCUAUUGAGCUUCUGGCUCUAAUCAUAAUAGGUAUAGAAUUAGCAUUGAAACUGAGAUGGAUCGGAUGGGGAACAAUUUUGAAACACAAACGCACAAUGCUUAAGUGUAUGACAUUAGCCAUUAUGUUUGUGGAGGCAAUGACUGUGUUGGUACGACAAUCAUCGCACUUCAGAGUGACUCGAGCUCUUAGGCCAAUAUUUCUAGUGGAUACUAAAUAUUGUGGGGGAGUGAGGAGAUUCAUCAGACAAAUAUUGCAAACUUUGCCACCAAUCAUAGACAUGUUGGGACUGCUCUUGUUCUUCAUCAUCACGUAUAUGGUACUAGGCUACUACAUGUUCUCUGAGAUGAACAGAAAUUUUGCAACAUUGGAAGACAGUUUCGUUAGCCUUUUCGUCCUUCUAACCACUGCUAACUUUCCAGAUGUCAUGAUGCCAUCGUAUUCGAGAAACAAAUGGUAUGCCAUUUACUUUGUUUCAUACCUCUGCACAAUGUUGUACGUGAUGAUGAACCUGAUGUUGGCUGUAGUGAACGAAACUUUCACUACUGCAGAACGAGACAAGUUCAAAAAAUUAUUACUUCAUAAAAGGAGGGCUUGCCAUCAUGCAUUUAAAUUGCUUGUUUCGAAGCAAAAUCCUGAUAAGAUGCAAUUUCGACAGUUUAGAGGAUUGAUGCGAUACUACGCUCCACAGAAAUCUAUCAGAGAUGUGAUCUUGAUGUUUCGGCACAUGAACGUAUCCGGCACUGGUACCCUGAGUUCUGAUGAAUUUGUCGAAGUUUAUGACGCUACAACGCUUCAAUGGGAUCCACAGUAUUCUAGUAUUCCAUGGUACCAUGCCACAUGGCAGCCACUACAGAUCCUCUGCAAGGGUGCUCAUGCAGCCAUUGCAUGGCCGUACUUUGAAACAGUCGUUUAUGGAAUAAUCAUUGGAAAUGGUGUAGCUAUGGUGGUGCGACUAAUUGAACCAUCCACAAGUUUGCAGCAGUCUGCCCAUGGGUUUGCAGCAAGUUGGGACACAUUCCUCUUUGUAUCGAUUUUUUUGCUGGAAGCAUUCGUAAAAGUAUUAGGUUUGGGUACCAGGAGAUACCUAAGCUCAGGCUGGAAUCUUUUUGAUUUGGGCGCAUCUCUUCUUGCACUUGGAGCUGGAUUUUUUUUGCUUCUUUCUCCAGCAGCCACGUUUCUGGUUGUACUUAGACCGUUAAGACUACUCAGACUAUUCAAAAUCAAAAAGAGAUAUCGAGAUGUAUUUGGUACACUAGUACUACUGUCCCCUUUGAUGUGCUCAACUGCGAUUGUUAUGUUGGUACUUUAUUACUUCUUUGCUAUAAUCGGGAUGGAAAUGUUUGAGGGAUAUGAUAUGCGUAACUGUUGCCCUAACACAACUGUUGAAGAUUUCUACAAAUAUUCCGCUAACGGAAGUACAGCAUUGGGUUAUUAUUACCUAAACACGUUUGAUAAUCUGAUGGCCAGUGGUAUGACUUUGUUUGAAUUGACGGUCGUAAACAAUUGGUUUAUAUUGAUGAAUGCUUACGCAUUCACUGCUGGACUGUAUACGAGAGUGUACUUCAUGGUCUUCUACCUUUUCACAAUGAUAGUGCUGACCAUUGUAGUUUCCAGUUUCCUGGAAGCAUUCAGGUUCAGGAUUCAAUAUAAGAGGUCAACAUCCAAACGAGACGAGGAGAAGAUGUUACACGAGGAAGUGGAGUUGAGGUGGGAUGAGCUGCAAUCUGUUGUUCAGGACUUCCAAUUACUAGAGCAGCUAAGAUCUACCCUGGUUGUUGGUGGUGUCACAACAUUCAUUGGAUCUCGUCCACGAACUAGAGAAGUUCUCCAGCGCAGAAUGUAUAUACAUGAAAUAUGCGAAUGGUUAGCUGAAGCAGCAUUGGAGGACAAGAAAAUUGGUUCUGGUCCAAUUGGCAGUUUUGAUGAUCUCGAUUCAGGAGACAUGAUUCUGAGUACUGAUCACGUAAUAGCAAAUGGUGAUACAGUAUCAUCGCAACAUCAGAAUGGUGUUACAAGUCCUUCGUAACCGAGUUAUGGUUUUGUCUCUCGUACGUCAAAUCUAUUGGUUUCCUUCUGAAAUAUGGGUCUAAGGUAAUAACAGAAUAACCACAGUAAUCAUUUUUUGAAUCACCAAAAUAAACCAGAUAACCAUGGCUCAGUCAUUGACGACAAAAUUGUAGCUUCGUGUAUCCUCAUAUACUGUGAACUUUCUAGUACGAUUAAUUUUGGGAACUUACAGCAACAUUUUAGUGUCACCACAAACUAAAGUAACCAUUGUAAUGAGUUUACAAACGUAUGUAUAUUAAAUGCAAAUUUCAUAUUACAGUGUGAUAUACUUCACAUGUCCACAAUAUGCUAGGCAAACUUAUUGCAAUUGUUGCUUCAGUGAAUUGUAAUUUUAAAAUACAUUGUCUCCGCAAGCUUAUAGCUGAUGAGGACGCAUAAGAGUGAAAUUUCGUCGUCAAGUCUAUCAGGGUUAAAUGCUUUCAAGUUUUAGGGUAGCUGACACUUUUAUCAACAACUAAUUUAUUUAUUUUAUAGUUGAAUGAAUCACUUCAAUCUAACUGUUUAAGAAUUAGCAAGCUACUGCUCUUUCAUUUUAAAUAGUUUUCAUUUCUCACGAUCAUUUGACAUAGUAUUAAAGCAAUCCCUUCAUUUUAGACAACAGAUUCCAAGUAUCUCGUAAUCAAA